AUUUGAUUUCCAUCUCGUGGGCUUCACCUAUUCGAUUUUGCCUGCAGUGUAGGCAGUACUUGGUAUGUUCCUGAAUUGUGAUAGCGAUGAGCGGUGGGAAGCCGCCUUGGACGACAUUAGCAAUCGUUUAGCUCAUUGUGCAGACUCAAAGCCAUAGCCAUGUUAUCUGCGCGACUCAGUUACAUUGAUACUUGGGGCUUCCUGAGUUCCCCUGCUAAAAUGGGUGUUCCCAGAUCUAGAGAUAAGCGUUUUGGUUGGCGACCUUGAACGCAGUAUCAAAUCUCCCCUCAUAUAAAUUUGUACGUGCACUGUGCCAUAUUGAUACACCUGAUGCCCUUGCCUAUGCACAAUACAAAGAGGAUUCGAUUGUUCCUACUACUUCUCGUGUUUAUCCAAGGGACACGCUCAGCCCCCAAUUUUACCGUCUGUCUCAUCAACUUCAGAAAUAAUGCCAAUCAGACCCUCGAUUCGUCUGGAUUAGUGGAUGCCAAUGGCGCAAAUAUACCAAAUGUGUCGUCAGACAUCUUGAACGCAAUUGGAUUCACCUAUGACACUUGUCUUUCGCAGUGCGGUGAGGGAACAGAGAAGCCCACCUGGGCAAACACUUCGCAGCAGUUCGGCGCCUGGUUAUUACCCUACCUAGCGCUCAUUUUUCAGCUGCCUUUCGGUGCAAGACAUAGAGUUGACAAUCUCAUGUCUGCCAUCCUCACAGUCGGUUCGCCGGUGCUCGCCGGUUACUCGAUGAUUCUUACCGUUCUCAACGCUAGGUGGAUCAGCCGUCAGUUCGAAGACGUGUCCUUCCCUAACGCUGGAAACGCCGUCCGCAUCCUUAUAAGCCUUCAACAAUCUCCUCUGAGAAUAACAAAUCAAGACUCGCUCCUCAGCUCUCUCGUUGUCCUACCGGAGAAUGAUGACUGGUGGCCGACAAUUGCCGAAUUUCUCGACUACACCCACACCUGGUCCAUCGCAUCUGCGACAUCGAUUGCCUGGGUCAUCAUUGCAUACUUAUUGACAGUCGCCAGCUCACUAUCGGAUGUCAACGCUAAUAUGUACUCCAACGGUCAAGGGAUUGGAUCGGUGUGGUUGUGGCUUAUACCAAUCGUCAUUGGUUGGCUGCAGCUAUCUCCGAAGUGCGACUACGCACGCGUUACAAAGGCCAUAGACAACGCGGAUGCCAUGGCAUUUGUAGCUACCGAUUAUGGAAUUGUAAAAGCAUCAGACCUCUCUGAAAUGCGAGCAGUGUCCAUUGAUAGCAGCAUUGCAAAGCCUUCGUCUACCGACGAAACUUUAACUCCACCCGUGUAUAACUACGCUAGGGCCAUUUCAUGGUCUCGGUCGGCGGAGGAUGUCCUCAAUGCUUUUCGAGUGGCCUCCAACCAUGUUAGAGCGCACAGACCGGUUAGAAUGGGUGAUAUGUGGAGGAACGCGAGCAGGAGGAAUGUCAUUGAGUCCUGCAACAGGUCCGGAAACCCAUUUGAAGUCGAUGCCUACUGCAAACUUCCUCGAUACACCGCACGCAGCCCAUGGGCGUCAGGGAUGUUCUCUCGCAUGUUUGUUGCCUCGUUGCUGCCUCUCGCUUUGCAAUGGGCAACAACUGGAGCUGCGGUGCUGGUUGUGUAUUGUACCCCGACUGUGGGUCUUGGCUGUAGAUCCCUCGGUUACAUCCUCUAUGGCACAAUGGCCACGAUAGUAUGGGCGAUGCUCGUUAUGUCGAGCAUCCUUUCGCACUAUUCAUCUUCAUCCUCGAACCAAUCGAGAAAUCCCCUCUCAUCUGUGCAUCUCGCAAGGGUACUAUCGAACCUUUUGAGAUGGGGUGGGAAGUUCUUGGCAAUUGUCAAUGCAAUCUGGAUCAUUGCGGCCUCGAUGCUGCAAUUUACGAAUAUCUAUGAUAAUUGUUACUGCAACUCGAGUGUGUUGGGGAGAGGGGUCCGUGAUGCAUACUUCAUCGUGAUAACCGAUGGAUUAGACUUGGCUCAAACCAAAGCUGCUUGGUUCGGAGCAUUGGCUUUGACUUGCUGUACCUCUUUGGGUUUCAUUUUCUUCAUGAGUUUAUUGACUGAUCUCAUACCUACGUGAAGUCGAGGACGAUUCGACGAUAAUAUAUACCACAUUACAACCAUAUUAUACCAUUAGUUUAUGCAACGAUUAGCCGGUGUACCUUUGUCAAUAUCUUGUUCUUUCCCUUUUUAUGAUACUGUACCUUCAGCUAUGAUUCUGUUCGAUGCUAGUCACGGAUUGAUCUUGUUUCUCCUCGUCAAUGUCAGCCUGGGGGAGUGUGCGCAGAUGACGUCAAAAGUCCCUUCGAACUUGUCUCGCCUUCGAAGAGGGUGUACGCAGAAAAGAAGCCCGAGGAGACUAAUACACCGAUGGCACCCGGAGGACCGUGAUAGAUAAGGCGGGUGUUAGUUGAGGCGACAGCAAUCCAGCUGGAAUUAUUGAACUGGUGC